AUGGCCAUUCAAGUGCAGAAAAAAAGCUUGAGAUAUUUCGAGAACUUUCAAAUUUUGUGGUUCAAAAGCUCCUACGGAAAUGGGUACCACGAUAACUUUUUUAAUUUGAGCAAGUAUUACACUAGAAAACAAGCAGCUUCAGUUAUUUCAAAGAUGAGCCCCUCUGAUAAAGGGUUAUGUCAUGAAAACAUUUAUGUGAGAGCCAUUCAAAAGAUGCUUGGCUGGAUAGCCGACUUUGAGUUGCCAAAGAUUGCUGACGAGGUGAAAAAUUACAGCGCGCAGUUAGUAAAUCUCCAAGAAAUGAUAUUAAACUUCUGGGAGUUGGAGGUGGAAGAAUGCCCGCUUGUUAUUGGGGCGCGUCCGAUAUUAGAAAAGAAACUUUCGUUUACAGCACAAGUCAAGUUGACAGACAGCGAAAACGGGAUUUUCUGCAAAAAAAAGCUGCAACGAUCUCUAAGCACGCUUUUUGAAGAAUUCAAAAAGGAACUGCUUGCAGAUACUCAAGUGCUUCACGAAGCAAUUACUAGUUGCCAGAAAGCUUCACAGGCGCAAUUGUUUAAAGCUAAAAUGCCAAAUAGCGCGAAUGAAAAUCAGCACGGUGGUGAACAAAAAGCCCCUUACAGCUUGAAACGCGAAAACGAUGACGCCCACGAUGGCGAGGACACUCGGCGAAAAAAGAUAAACUAUUUCGAUAACCAGGAAAAACGCGCCGGUUCUGCGGAUAAACGCGCCGGUUCUGCGGAUAAACGCGCCGGUUUUGCUGAUAAACGCGCCGGUUUUGCUGAUAAACACCCCAUUUAUGAAGAUAAAACCCCCACUUCUGCAGAUAAAACCCCCGCUUCUGCAGAUAAACACCCCAGCUGGAAGGCUGCGGAGAGCAGAUCAAAAGCCGUGCCCUUUUCAGGAAAGCGAACCCUGUUUGGGGACUAA